AUGUCAGGUGUCUUCCUGGUGAAACACUGGCUCAAAGAUUCUUCACCUCUGGUAAGGGACACGUUCAGCGCCGUACCUCUUCUGUCAAAUCCAAAGGCAUCUGAGAAAGGAGUGCGCUACUUUGAAAAAGACUUGAAUCGAUGCUUCACUUUGGGACAUCCUAUCGUAAGUUACUCACCUGACGAUCCAUAUGAAGUUAUGAGAGCGAAGGAGAUCAAUCGGAUGUUUGGCCCCAGAGGGAGUGCAAAUGCAUAUGACAUGAUGCUGGAUCUACACAACACCACCUCUAACAUGGGAGUUUGUCUGAUUGCUAGUGGAGUCCAAAAUGCUGUGGAGAUGCAUGCCUGCCAUUAUAUACAGGUAAUAACUUUGGGUUUCCCUUGCAGGCUCUUCGUGCUUUUUCCUGAUCCACUCCAGAAGCGGACCAUACAGUCACUUGUUUCCUGGUCUCGUUGUGGGUUUGAGUUAGGUCCUCAACCGCAGGGGGUUGUCCGUGCUGAUAUAUUGCAGAAAAUGAAGACACUCGUUGAAGUCACUUUGGACUUUGUUAAUUACCUCAACAAAGGAAUGGAGUUCCCAGCUUUUGAAACUGAUAUUUACCAGUAUGCUGGUGAAGUGGAUUUUCCCCGGUCAUCGGAUGGGGAGAUAUCAGCGGUCAUACAUCCUUCCCUACAGGAUAAAGAUUUUUCACUGCUGUGCCCCGGGGACCUGCUCUUUCUGAGUCUGGAUGGAAAAUCAAUUCCUUACAGUGGAGAAAAGCCCCUUCAUCCGGUUUUCAUUAAUGAAGCUGCUUAUUAUGAGAAGAAGAUUGCCUUUAUACUGGCUGAGAAGAUCCAGGUGUCUGUUCCUGCUUUGAGGAGGCAAACACACUAA